UCCAGCCAGUGCUGUAGUCUCUCUCGCGCAGAUGCUGCCGCUGGGUCAGUGUUGUGCCGUUUAUUAAUAAUAACAGAGUCCAACAGCGCGCGAUGAACCAAACUAUAGGAUAACCCCGCUUCAACUAUCGACCAAAAACAAACAAACCGCCUUUUAUCCACUUUUUUAUUGGUCUAUUUCGUACAGGUCCCAUUGUCUCGUUCACCCCGCAGGCGGACAGUCCCUGGCUCUACUCGGGCCACCUCAUUGCGCGCAUCCACCGGCUUUGCUGUGACCACGGAUCGGAUCCUUCUGGUGCAUUGAUGGACCUAGCUUUGUGGUGUGGUAACGGGUGCUACUGUAGUGAAGGAAUUUUCCUGUCGUGUGACAUGCCGUCCACCAACGACCUGCCCUUCUACAUGGUCAUCUUUGGGACAGGCAUCGUUAUCUUCCUCCUGAGUAUCAUGUUCUGCUGUUACUCCAUCAGCAAACUACGACACCAAGCCCAGAGUGAGCGGUUUGGAUACAGAGAGGUGAUUUUAAAAGGAGAUCCAAAAAAGUUGAAUCUUCAUGGGCAGACGUGUGCCGUGUGUCUGGAGGACUUCAAAAUGAAGGACGACCUGGGAGUGUUGCCAUGCCAACAUGCUUUCCACAGGAAGUGUCUGGUGAAGUGGCUGGAGGUACGCUGCGUCUGCCCCAUGUGCAACAAACCCAUAACUGCCCCCGUUGAGCAGCCAAACAUUCUAAUGGGUCUUCUGAUUGAACCGGUGUAGUUUCUCAAGCACCGCCGGCCCGGGUGGGACCCCCCCCCCUCCCCCCUCCCCCCCCUGGCCAAACCAGCUGAUAAAGGGAAAACGACCAACAGGAAGAGGGACACUGUUUUUGGGCUACGAAAAACUCAAAAGCGAAAGCACCGACAUGAUGGUAGUAAGUUGGGGCAACAUAGAUACUACCCGAAGAAUGAAUCUGAAGGAUGCUGUUGCCCAGCAACCGUUUCUAGAGUGGCAAAAGGACACCUUGCGGUGUCUGAGAGAUUAUUGCAGUACACUACACAUCCCCGCUCUGUAACAUUGUUGCCUCAAGUCAGGUCAACGGCACCACUGGAGAAGGGUUUUUACGUUUUCACAACAAUGUGGACAAGUGGUUGUUGAUGUUUGACACUGAUCUCCUCCAAGCAUGUGCGAGCGUUAUGUUCACGGAUAUUAAAUAAUGUAAUGUAUCGGCUAGGGCUAAAGAUACCACUAAGAUAUUUCAACAUCCCAGAACGAGCACGAGGACACAUGGACAGUUGAAACUUUUUUUUAUUUUGAAUGUCACACUGCUUUAAAAUAUGAUGGGAAACAUGGAUUCAGGCAUCAUGAGUGAGAUUUAGAUUAAUCAUAUUACCUAAAAGGAGCACCUACAGCCGUUGUCCUUGUGUAACAAACUAAUAUAGAGUCUGAACAAUACAUUCUUUGCUUAUAUGUGCAACUGACACGUCCUGCCUUUCACUGUAACAGUUUGGUUCUGUGUUGAUAUAAAUUGCACUUUAAAUUCACACACAUAACUAUAAUAGUAAGAGUCUUGAAGGCAGCAUUGCAGGUUUCGUGUUUGCAGGUGUGGUGAAGUGUGUGAAGUAUCCGAGAUGCUGCUUCAUCUGAAGACAAGGAGGCAGCAGUUCAGUCACCUCAGAGUUGUGAAUUCACCACAGAAUCUCACCUCCAUCCAUUUCUGUGGCAUUAUUGCUGAGAUUCAGUCUUUACAUGCAUUCCACGUUGUAGUUCUUUCUGUUUUUGUGAUUCAUAGCUCAUCCUAAAGCAAAACACUGCCUACAAUUGAGCACAAAACUCGCGAAGCACAUUGUCCAGACACAGACGGCACCGUGUAAUUAAAAGCCAAACGCACACGUGAGUGCUGUCAAAUUCACAUGCCAAGAAAAGGAAACGUCUGAGAGAUUUGUUCGCUUUGAUUCUGGCCACAUUUCAUAUUUUGUAAUUGAAACAAAUGUAAAUAACUCAAAACAAUAAUAAAUGCGGUUGUCUGUUUUGUUCAGCUUCUCUUGUUUAUCGCUUGUCAUGUGUCUGGCACCAUCAUCAGGUGAAAUGUUGCACGAAAAUGUAUUAAAUGAUUCAGUGUGGUUCACUGCCUCUCAGCAUUUCUGACUUUUAACUCUGUUUAAUGUGAGCAGGCAUCAGAAAGAAAUACUGUUCUAAUAGCAGGAACCUUCUGUUCCUUCCGUGCUUUGAUAAGAGUGCUUAAAGAUUACCAAUGGUUCAUCAAAUAUGUGGUUUUUAUUAUCGUUUUGUAUUAAAAACGUCACAAAAAUGU